AUGGCCGACCAAUCCCUCAAGACCCUUCACCCUUUCCUGCAGCAAAACGACACCAAGGUCUCGUCCGGAGGCACGGUGAAGAGCUUCACCCACGACACCGGGUCGGGUCCCGUACUCUGCGUUGUUCACGGCUGGCCGCAAAGCAGCUACAUGUAAGAAUGAUUCCUCAUCGUUAUACGCGGCGACCUACUCACCCACGCAGGUGGCGACAUGUCCUCGCGGACUGGAAGAGCAUGAUCUCUCUUUUCGUGGUUGAGCUACCUGGCUACGGCUUCUCAUCUCUCCCACCCAAAAGCGACAAACGCACGGUUGGCAACCUCAUCAUGGAGGCCCUCCAACAUGUCUUCAGCAAAAGCCGCCCUGUCAUCUGGUGUGGCCACGAUCGCGGAGGACGAAUUGGUCACCGACUCCUUGUGGACAAUGAUGCUUCCCACAACAUCAGGGCUGCCAUCUUGAUGGAUAUAGUGCCCACCACAGAGCAAUGGAAAGUCUUCGCCAAUCCGCUCGCGAGCAUGGCAUACUAUCAUUGGCCUUUCCUCGCCAUUCCGACAGCUCCACUCCUGAUCGAAGGCAUGGGCGGUGGUGAAUUCGCUCGAAUCAACCUGGGCCGUGCAAAAGGUGCCAAUACUGCCGGUGCCGCCAAAUUCAGGGAAAACGACGCCCUUGACCAUUACGCCCAUCAAUUCAGCAACCCUGAAUGCAUUUCUGGGUCUUGUGCUGAUUAUGCCGCCGGUGCUACCGACGAUGUACAGGAACAGGAAAAGGAUCAGAAAGAGGGAAGAAAGGUCGCUACUCCGACUCUGAUCAUUUAUUCGGCUUCCAACCUGGGAAGAAUGCAUGAUGUACCAAAAACGUGGUCGAAUUGGAUAGAGGGAGAGGUGAGGUACGAGGGAGUUCCUGAUGGAUUUGGUCAUUACUUGCCUGAGGAGUGCCCGGUAAGCAAUGUGAUACUUACAAGUCUGAAACACCUACUUACCUUCUACCGAUCGCCUCUAGGAACGAAUCACACCUCUCGUGUUGGAGUGGAUUGCAAAAUACAAGGACUGA